UUCGAUAUAAAUAUUAUUAUUCAGUUUAUUGUUAUUUGGUUAAAAACACUUAUUAUUAUAUAUUUACUCAAAAUCGAAAGAAACAUGAUAAGUUCCAUUAUCUUCUGUGAUUUCAUAUGAUAUCCAAUAACUACUACAACAAAGUGUACAUACAGAUAACAACAUAUAAACAAUAUUCUAAGUUAAAAGAAGAUAUGAAUCAUGAAAAGGAAAUCAUUAAAAGGUUCUCCCAACCUGAUGAUAAUACGAAAUUUAUCUGUUCAAUUUGCCUUAACACCAAAUCUAAAUGUGAUGAUUACGGGAAACCAGAAUGCAAUAAACGAAAAACGAAAUCUUGUCCAAUCUGUCAGAAAGGUGUGCAUUACCGUUGGGAAGGUUUGGCUGAAAAACUUAAACCAGAAAAAUGCGAAAAAGAGAAAGCUAUAAGAAUGAGCGAUCACACAUCAAGUACCAAAACGGUUCAGACAUCACAGACUGACGUCACACAAGGAUUAAAUCUACUAAACGAAGUACUCACUGUAUUCCAGAGCAAGAAACAAAUUUGCGUAGAAAAAGAGAAAUAUAAUAAAACAGUUAUCGUCAAAGAUGCCUGCGUAGAAACUGAAAGUUGGAGAAUAAAAACAGAUAUGAAACCAAAAUUAACAAUUAGUAAAGUAUAUCAUAUAUCUAUAGCGGAAAGUAAUGUAGCCGAAAACAAUAAAUUUACCAUUGUUAAUUGCUCGCAACCGCAAAGGGAUAGGAAUUCACAGUAUUCGAUAGAUCUUAUAAAACAUAAAUCUUCAUCUAUUCCUCAAAUGAAAUUAGAGGAACUGAAACAUUCUUUAAAAGAGAAGACUAAAUCGAAAGACGCGAUCGAGGAAGUGAAUAGAAUGUUUGCGACGGUGAGAAAGAAUGCAUUACUGGAAAGCACUGACGACGGUAACAGACCUUUGAUAAGAAGUGGACCUAGAGUUUUACCAGUUGUAAGAGUUAAUAAAAAACAUGGGCAUGAUAUGACAUGUGGUAGUAAACUUCGUUUCUCAUAUGACCGUCGGGAAGAGAAAAGAGUUGAAGAGAAACAUUGUAAAUGUUGUCAGACGAAUAACUAUCUAUUAUCGAGUGGUGAUUCUUUGAUAAAGCCGAGUUGUCAUUGUCAACAAAGGACUUGCGAGAAGGUGUGUGGUAAGGGUGGUCACGUGUCACACUGUCAUACUGGUUGCCGUCAGUACCACGAUUUAUGUGACCAUUGCUGUCAAAGGUUUAAAGACAAUAGGUGCCAUCAUCAUGUCUGUUACGAAGAUACAAAUGACGGGGAUAGUUGUGCUAGCUCUUGAUUUAUACACUGUUUAUUUUUGAUGUUUUAAUAUAUCGUUGAAAUAUAUCUCUAUUACAUAUUUAA